AUGAAAAAAUAAGGUUCUAAUGCAGCUACCGAUUUAUUAAUGGAUGAAGUUCAUUUUGGAUUUUAAUCUCCAACAGGAAAUAAAAAUGAAAAGCAUGUUGCUGUUAGUAUGGGAAAAUUAGAUUAGAAUACAAAUAUUAAUAAAUCAGAUUUAGUUAAAUCUUACUUUAUAUGA